GCUUUUCAGGGCGCUUCGUGUUUAAGGUGUGCAGUAUAGCAUGGCUCUGAAGCGAGGGCAGGAAGAGCAGGUAGAAACUAGCUGGGCGAGGCCAUUUGCUGUGUGGCAAGGGGCCAGGAAGGAGGAGACCCUGAGGCAGAAUAGCUGAAGGUAUCCAGAUGAGCAGAGGAAGGUCUGCAGCAAAACACAGGGAGGGUCAAGGUAAAGGUGAGCCCGCAGUCUCCGCACUUCCGGAGGGCGUGGCCAUCCUGUAGACCGCCGUUAAACUGGCAGGUGCCAAGGGACAGCUCUGCCCCUCCCUCUCACCUCACUUUCCUUUUCCGCACCGCACCCUCUCCCUCUCCACCUGCCUCUUCUUUCCUAGCUUUGAGAUGCAGAGUACACGCAGUACUGUCUGUCCGCUGCUCCAACUAUUUUUGGUGGCGACAUCGAGGGCACAAAGCUUAGUUUGUGUCCGCUCGAGCGUUCAGGUCUCGCCCCAGCAAUUCUUCCUGCCACUCGUCGCCUACAGGCUUGUCUCUGGAUCACCGUUGGCAGCGUCCGGCCUUUGUCCGGCCCUCCUCCACACGCACUGGCGCACAUAAUGUGAUCUUUCGCAUCCGGCUUCCCACAGAGGCUGCUCUGGCUUCACCUAGGUUGUAGCCACGUAGUAGGCUCAUGCCGGUUGCGGAGGAUAGUUGCCGACUGCAUGUCUUUCCCCGUGCAUCAGGUUGCACUCUGGGUUCAUUCUGCCAUUGUCAUGUAGCUACUGUGAAUCCUUGCGGGAUUCUCAAAGCUUACCAAGAUUGCUCCUGAAGGGCUGAGUGCAAAACUAAGUUCAACCUUAAAAGAGAGGGCCGCACCCUUUUAUGAAGUGGAGAAUUUUCCUUAAAAACUGCUCUUCUAGUGGCUGGAGGAAGAAUGAAUAUGGGGACAAGGAAGUCUGGGGCUGGCUGUACAUGAGAGGGAGGAUGGCUUUCCGAAGAGACUUCUGGCGACGUGGCCCCCGGAACUCCCCACCCACUUCGCAGGGCUCAGCUGCUUCUCGCGGAGGCCUGGCGACCCCUGGCGGCGGGUUCCUUCCAGGGCGGCUUCGCAGAGACACUCCCUUCGUGGCUGGGUGGAGCCACAUUGCUCCUUCCUCCGCUCCUCCAGGGAACACCUCGGGCGCAUGCGCGCCCUCCAGCCUCGCGCUUCCCUAGCCCGGGGUUGCUAAGGCGGUUGAUAAGUCGAGGUGCUGAUUGGUGAGUUCCAACGGAGUUGGCACCUCCAAUCCCCGCCCCCGACCCCGGAAGUGCCUGCCUACGGGAUAGACUGGUAGGCACUCAAACGCCAGAGUCAUCGUUCAUUGGGCCUGAGGGGAGAAGGCGGGCCUCAUCCGGAACUGUGAUUGGUCGGGGUCCCGAGCGGGCAAUCCGAGGCUGUCUAGUGCUGGCUGUAUGCGGCGGCGGCGGAGCCGGGUGGAAGGGGCUGCCCGGGCCCUGCCUGAGGCUGUCGCCGCGCUGAGUCGGUGCCUGCCUGCUGGGCCCAGCCCAGAAAUCUUCCGCCGCGCCAAGUUCGAUCGACCUGAGGCGGCUCCAGUGCUCUGGCAGCUUCUCUUGCGCGUGCUCUCACCGCUUGCUGCAAACAAUACCUGGACCGACCUUGCCCCAGAGGCCCAAGCCUGUGUGGUGAAAUCAGCACUGGGCUCCCAAGGCUACCCCAGGUCUGUGCUGCUACAAUUUCCAGACGGCAGUUCUCAGGGAAGCCGGGAACUGCUGUUGGCCCUGUCUUGGCUCCUCGCCCGAGGACCCUUGCUUGAGCAGCUGCUUGCCCAGACCCGUGUGCAGCUGGGUGACCAGUUGCCCCAGUGGGAGCUUUGAAGCUGAGGAUGUACGUCAGUAGUACAGCUUCCCUGUCCUGGUCCUUCCUCGAGAUAUGGGAUGUAUAGCAGGGCUGACUCUUGUUCCCUCUCUACUGUGAGGCCCCAACCAGUCCUGGUCCUCCUGCACCCUUUGUGGAACCAAAGAGCCCCGUGGAUCUCCGACUAGUGGAAUGGCUGAUGGGAAGGCUGCGGUUUAGGUGGCGAUGCCUGAUCUCUAGUCAGCAGGAGCAGUGUAUCCUCCUCAGCAAGAUCCACCUGUACACGCAGGGAUGCCACAGCCAACAGAGCCUUGGCCAUCUUUCUGUUGCCGAAACAGAGAUGCUUAGAGAUCCAGAGAGCGGUCAGCAGCUUCUGCAAGCACUGGAGAGUGAGAACAUCCGCCUGGAGGCAGCUCUGGAGUGGCGGCGCCGUGAGCUGGUGUUCUGGCAGUGGAUGGAUACAGUUUUGGAUACCUGUUCCCCUGAGACUCCUGCUGUGACAUCCCAGCCAACAUUCCUGCCCGAGAUCUCUGAAGGUGGGCUUGGUGAGCUGGAGUCCGUUAAACAAGAGUUGCAGGCCCUGCAGGAGGAGCUACGGGAAGUGUCUGAGCCCCGGCGGGCUGCGUGGGAAGCCCGGGUUGGAGGCCUAGGUCAGGGGCCAGAAUGGAGCAACUCAAGGAAGGCCCUACAGGAGGCUGUCCAGCAGGAGUUGGCAGCCCUGCAGGGGUCCUGGGAGCAAUCCAGUACCCCUGGCCAGCCACAAAGACCCCAUCGACUGGUGAGAAGUAAAGAUGGGGCACCAAGACCCCAAGGCCUACAGGCAGCCGAGGUGAUCAGGACACUGAGCGCCAAGGAGGCCUGUCUGAAGAAGGCGUUGCACCAACUGCAGCGGCAAUGUCAGCAGGAGCUAGCCAGGCUGGCUGGUGCUCUGCCUGGCUUGAUUUGGAUUCUGCCUCCUGAACACUGAAGGCCCUAGGAUGUAGCCAUCUGUGUAGGAUCUCAGAGGCAAGGAGCAGAGAGGUCCAGGCUUGUGUUCCCUCCAGGGCCAGAGCCCUUUCGCCUAUGGUUUUGGUGUUACAACAGUCUGGUCCUCCUGAGAGGUUUGGAGGGGACCUAUAUAUACGCGGUAGAGCUGUUCCUGGGGAUACCUGGCUGCUGCCCUCUUCCACUGUCCCUUUAUCUUCCUCUUUUUGGCACACUGGGAUGUGUGUAGCGUACGGUUGGCACCAUGCUGUAAUCACACAUGCCCCAAAGUACAGGAAGUAUUGGGCCUCCCUGAGUGGAACAGCUCUGGUUGUUUCCCUGAACCUCUUUCUUAGACUCUGGCUCUAUGCCUCCUGCAGCAGAGCUCCCUCCUGUACUGGGCCACGGAUGCGCCUGAUGUGUGUGUGUGGUGGGAAGCUGGAUGGGAGCCUGGGGGCUCUGCCUGGGAGACCGGAGGAGAGGAAGCUGCGGUGCAGACAGAAGGCUUUUGUUCUGAAGGCUGCUGGGCAAGCUCGGCGCUCACAAAGCAGCCUGUGUCCGGGACGUGCGUACAGCCUGGUGGGAUAGUUCUGUCCUAACCCAGUCUUUCCCAGCCAGCAGGCUCAAGCGGGUUCCAUGGUCUCUAGCCCUACCUUCCUUCCAAUCCCCAGCUCCAAACACUGACCAGGCACUGGACAGCCGGUAGGACCCACCAGGCAGCCUCUGUCUCUUGCUUAUCUAGGCCAGAAGCCACUACGUGACUCGGAGCCUUGAACACUAAAACAUUCUUUCAUGGGGGUUUCCUGCUUGUCUGGUGGUGUGUGCUGGAGUGACAGCUCAUGUCUGGGUACAGGUGGCCUGUGGCCCUGAGGCAGGACACCAUAUGGUUAGCUACAGUGAAUGUUCCUAGCCCACUUCUGGAUGGCCAGUGUCUAAUAGGUCCUUCCUAACUUUUACGGACAUAGCUCCUAGAAUCUCUGGAACCUCCUGCCUGCCGCUGGGCCUCUGCUGGACCUCCUGGCCCGCAGCCCCUGUUCCUGCUUGCGAACACUUGUUCAGCUCUUCUUGCUGCUUCCACCAGUGGGUUCCGGCUCUGGUCCAGGGCAUGUGGGAACUUGACUGUCUGGCUCCUCAUGACUGUGAUGUGGUCUAUAAACAAAUCUACUUAAGCUCGCUGUCUCUGAAAACUGCCCUGCUCUAGGACUUCCAGUGGUCCUCUGGAACUCACCCUUAAAAAUCCAAAGCGGAUUCAGAGCUCUCGCUUCUCCAUCUGCUCUGCAGAGUUAGUGCAAUUCCUGUCAGAAUCCUCUGUGUGUGUGUGUGUGUGUGUGUGUGUGUGUGUGUGUGUGUGUGUGUGUGUGUGUGUGUGUGUUUGUUUGUGUCUGUCUGUCUCAGGCCAUGAGAAGGCAAGAGCCUGUAGGGGUAGGGGGCUUAGCCAUGGGACUCAUCCUUGGUCAAGUUGUCACCUGGGAAGGACCUCAGAACUAGCUUUUCCACACAAGGGCUUGAAAUAGCCCACGUUUGUGGUCUCAGUGCUCUGUGUCCUCAGCUCCCAUACUUGGGAGCCACACAGUCAAGUAGGAAUAAAAUGUAGUGUCAGUUGGCCACAAUGUCCCUGGCAGAUCCUGACGUCCUGGGGCAAGUUCACAGGUUGAUGACCGUGCUGCUCCAGGGUCCUGCAGCAUAACAGAUCAGGCAUUAGGGACCACCAUCAACCCUAUCCUCCCUGCCUCUGAGGAAGACCACGUUGUCCGCCAGGACUCCCAACCUGAUCCUAAGGUCCGCAGCAUCUUUAAUACUUGUCACGAGAACUGAAGCUCUGGCCACCCACGGGUACAUUUGAGGCCAGCAGGUGGACAGUGGGGCCAUGCUCUCGAACCAGUGAGGACAUGGAGUUUGUUCCUUGGGUUCCCACCCAAGGCAGACACCUCCUUGCUUGAGGUAGUGGGGAAUACCAGAGGUGGAUUCCUGACACCGGAAUGUGCUGACUGGAAGGGAAGUUUAGUAAUUCCAACUCUUGUCAAAACUAGAAACUUCUGUUUAAAAGUCGACAUUAAUAAGAUGUGUCUCAAUGGCGGAACGCUUGAGUGUCUUAUGUGAAAUUGGAUUUCAUCUCCAUCUUGGUUUGAGGUGGUGGUGGCGGUGGAAACAGUUUGGGCUGGGAGUGUCAGUUACGUUUGCAAAUGGUUCGGUGUGCAACAGGACAUCAGUCAUGGAAGGGUUGCUGUGCAAGGCAGGAACUGAGAUCGGUAAGUAGUCAUCUUCAUGGCUGCCGGUUGAAUGGGAAGGGGGUGCCAGUUACAGGCCGGAAGGUGUGCUGAGAAACGGCUUUGGGUGGGGGAAGGAACCAACGCAGUGGAUGGGGAGAACCACUUCUAGGCCUAUCCCAGAGAAUUAGUUGUACAUGCACAGGCCUGGAUGGGACUGCCCGGGAGCUAUAUAACUACAGAAACCAGAAAUACCCACGAUGUUAAGAGACGCCAAAGGAUGCUGCAGUCCUGAGUGUAAAAAUUCAGUAAUCUUGAAUCUGGGUGAGGUGGCGCACACCUUUAGUUCCAGCACUUAGGAGGCAGAAGAGGCAGGCAGGUCUACAAAGUGAGUUCUAGGACAGCCAAGGCAGUUGCACAGAGAAACCCUGUCUUAAAAAGCAAAAUCAAAAAACAGCUUUAAAAAAGCAGUAUGAUAUUUAACGAGGCCAUAAUAAUAAACAGUUUUGUUUAUUAUAAUAAAGCAGUGCAGAGGGUGCACCUAGCACCGAAAGAGAACCCAGUUAAUCGGCCAGAAAAAGACUGGCACAAUAAUCUCAUUCAUGGAAUGUGCUAGAACAAGGGUAGGUGUGGGUGUUCUCCCCAUCCCAUGAAGAUGCUGUAAGAAGCUUCGCCCUUCAUAUAACACGGGUGGGUGGGUCAGCCCCGGGUAACGGGUCAGCCUGCAGCCCUCCUGCAUACUUGUGUAGACACUGAGAGCAUCCUCUGUAAUUCCAAGACCUAGUGCUGGCCUGCAGUCUCUCCCCCAUCACUUUCCACCUCCACUCUGCCAUCUUCACUGCUGCCACUGGGCCGAGUGCAGCACCUGGGGCAUCUCCGAUGUCUCCCAGUUGACUGGAGAAAGCUGAGCAGCCUGGUUGUAUAGCCAGGAGGGGAUGUACGGGUGUACGACAUGUUUGUUAAUGGAGGAUUCUGUUUACACAAAUGGGCCCAGCUCCCAUUUCUCUCAGCACUGGCUUCUUGCUGAGGUACUGAGGAGGCAGCCCUCUUCACACUCAGAGUGAGAAAGAGUUUGAGGGUCAUACCUGGGAUGGUGCCUUUCAAGACUGCCGGGGUCGUCCUGCAGAGUAGCGGGGACUCAGGCAAGGCCUCUUGGGUUAGGUGUCCAGUUACGGUGGCAUAUUCCCAGUGAAGUGUCUAAAACAGCCAGCUACUUUGAGAGCAGUGCCACCAGCUUUGAGAGAAAGGACUGCCUGGCAGACAGGUCCCUGCUUGAGGCUGCCAGCCCUCCAGGAAGGGUCUUCCUGCCACUCAAAGGCCUGUGGCCUACACCUGCUGCUAUUUUGCUCAUCUGCACAAAACAAAAUGUUGGGUGUUUACAGUUCAACACAAAAUGGACGCUCAUCAGCUUUUAACCAUGCUCAGCAGUGUCUGGUCCUGCCUCAGUGCCCUCGGGACUUGCUUCUGUCAGUCUGUCCUACUGUUGCCAUUCCCUCGGGCCCACAGUCUCUGUCCACCUGUAUGGUCGUGAGGUCUCAUGCCUUGUCCCACCAUGCCCCAACAGGUGCCUCUGACGCUUUGUCCUGCAGGAGCUCUGGGCUUGGAGCUGUCGCCAAUCCUGAGGGUAUGAGUGCUCUGGUGACCAUCUUCUCCUCCUGCCCUGGUCCUCCUCUCUCAUUCUCUGUUCAUGUUUGUCUCUUUCCUUACCCAUUUGGCAGACAAUAACAAAAACCCACAAGGUACUCUUUGAUGAGGUAGGGAUGGAGUGGGACCAGAGUUGAGCACCCACGGCUUAAAUCGAAGAGAAGGGACACUGAGCAAACCCAUGCAGUGGAGCUAGUGGGCUGGCGUGGUGGGGUGGGGGAGGACAACAGCCUUUGGUUGGACUAAGUUUCGUGUGUAAAGGGAAGAUGGUGGGAGGUAGGGCGGAAUACAGCAGGGCCUAGAUCUGAUUUUUUUUUUUUUUUUUUGGUUUUUCGAGACAGGGUUUCUCUGUGUAGCCCUGGCUGUCCUGGCACGCACUUUGUAGACCAGGCUGGCCUCCAACUCAGAAAUCCGCCAGCCUCUGCCUCCCGAGUGCUGGGAUUAAAGGCGUGGGCCACCACGCCCGGCCCUAGAUCUGAUCUUCAUUUUGGAUGGCCUAUUCUGGCUUGAGAGAAAUUCUGGGGUCAAGCAGAAGGGAGGUGAGGCCUGCCUGGGGAGCUACAGGGGUCCAGUUGCUGUAGGCACAAGGUCUGGUGUCCUGGUCACGAACUGUCCUAGUCUUAGAGCUUAGUCAUCCAUGGAGCCCAGCUUUCACCAUGUAUCUCCAGCUAUGGCAUCAGUUUGUGGGGCGCCUAACACUUCACAAACUGAAGCUGGGGCUAGAGAAUAGGUGAGAACUCCGGUGAGAACUUUGGUGUGGGUGUGACCACACUGGAAGCCAUGGAGCCAAGAUGCAAAUCUGAGGCCUGGGCCUCCUGCAAGCAGCAGCUAUGAAAAUGAAGUCAGAGCCACAGGCAUGGGUGCCACCCGAGGUUGUACAAGCAGGACGUGACUGUUAGACCAGGACAGCACGGGGUGGUGGUACCCUCAUACUGUGACAUGCAGGGGUGUCCCCUGAGGUUGUACAAGCAGGAAGUGACUGUUAGACCAGGUACCUUUGUACCCAUGCUAAGAGAAAGGACCUGCAAGCUGCGAGCACCACAGUGCCUGGCAGUCAAGGGAGAUCUUAUUGAUUGCAGGGGGUGUAGGGCAGGCUCUUCCUGUGCGGUCUGUCAGUCUGUAACCCAGCUUCCUCUUUGUGGACCAGAGCUUUCCCUGAACCACUCCAUUAUACCCUAGGGACCGUGAGGAUGUGGUAAUAGAGACAACACAUGUGGUAGGGACACCUGUCAGGCCUCAAGCCCUGGGAUGUAAGCCGGGGAGCCUGGGACCGGAUGAGACACUGUUGCUCCCGUCCCCACACACCUGCAGGACACAGUGACUCGGAGCUGGCCCUUCUGGCUCCUUGCUGUUCCGUUGCAGGCCUGGUGGUCUCUGAGCUUUCUCUGUUUACGAUAUUGUCUGUGUCUCAGUAGUUUCCUUACAUCCUUUAGAGAGAUGGCUCAGUGGGUGAAUCGCUUGAUAUGCAGGCACAAACACCUGAGUUUGGAUCCUCAGCACCUAUGUAAAAAGUUGGGUUUGGAGUCACGCGCCUGUAAUGUGGGUACUGGCAAGAAGAGAUGAGGGUCCAAAGCAUGUGCUGGCCAGACAGUCUAGUUCAUUGGUGAGCUCCAGGUUCAUUGAGAGACCCUGUUACAAAAAAUAAGGUGGAGAUGAGGGCUAGAGAGGAUGGCUCAGUGGUUAAGAGCUCGGACUGCUCUUCCGGAGGACCUGAGUUCAAUUCCCAGCAACCACAUGGUGGAUCACAACCAUCUGUCAUGGGAUCUGACGCCCUCUUCUGGUGUGUCUGAAGACAGAGACAGUGCACUCAUAUACGUUAACUUAUAAAUGAAUAUUAUAUUUACAUAAUAUAUGAUUCUACAACAAUUUUAUAUAUAAAAUUUAUUUAAUUAUAUAUGCUUUUAGAAUGAUAUAUAAAAAAAUAUAUAUAAUUAUACACAGAGAAACCCUGUCUCAAAAAGCCAAAAAUAGAGCUGGAGAGGUGGUAGUUCAGGAGUUAAGAGCAGUGGCUGCUCUUCCAGAGGUCCUGAGUUCAAUUCCCAGCAGCCACAUAGUGGCUCACAACAUUCUGUAAUGGGAUCCGAUGCCCUCUUCUGGUGUGUCUGGAGACAGUGACAGUAUACUCAUAUACGUAAAAUCUUUUUUAAAAACCUCAAAAUAAACAGAAACCAAUCUAAACAAACAAACAAUACAAAAAACAAGUAUAAAACCAUACUGGAAUAGACGUGGUGUCGAUCUCUGUCCUAUACAUGUGUGCAUGUGCUCGCAGACACACAGACCAACAAAAGGAAGGCCUAGCAGUUGUGUGGACUUGGGUGGGUCAGAUAGCACAGGAGUUUUUGUCCCGUCCUAGGAAGUUAAUUAUGGAGCUGAGAACUAAGUAACUAAGCUGGUAGAAUUCUUGCCUAGCAUGUGUGAAAGUCUGAGUUCUGUCCCCAGCAUCUGAUAAGCUGCAUGUAGUGGCCGGAGCCUGUAAUCCCAGCCCUUAGAAGGUAGAGGCAAGAAAAUCAGAAGUUGAAGAUUGUCCUUGGGCUACAGAGCAGGUUGAAGCCAAUUUGGGCUGCACAAGACCUUGUCUCGAAAAAAAAUGUAAAAGACACAUAAAUGGGUGUGUAUGUGUGGGCAAACCAAUCCAAAAAGCCUUGGUUUAGUUCUUAAACAGCUGUGCUUGUGUGAUGAGAGGAUCGUGGGGCUACACUUUCAAGCUUUUAUGGGAUCAGGUGGGAUCAGCUGGGCAUCCUGAUUUGCUUUGGCUUUUGCCUGGAAUUUGCUUUCUUAUCACGGCAGUGGCUGUCAACCCAGUUUGUUAAGGAAAUAAUCAAAGGGGUGUGUGCCCAGUGUUGAAACCCUCAGCUCUCUCAAGCUGCUCAGGAGGUAUCUGAUGGGCUGUAUAUCAAUCACUAUGUGAGCUUCCCUCAAAACUGAAAUAACCAAGUGUAACGGCACACACCUCCAAUCCCAGAACUCAGGAGGUAGAGGCAUGUGAGUCUCUGAGCUCAAGUCAGCUUGGUCUCAAAAAAUAUGCCCCACUCCCCCAGUACCUUGCAGCGUUCCAUGAGAAUUCACAGUGGCAUCCUGGGAUGCCUUAGCACACACUUCAGGAACCUAGCUCCAGCUAAUACCUGUCUUUGUGUUUUCCCACUCUGUCUGUACUGACAUGUCUUAAAAGACUCACACUGGGCCGGGUGGUGGUAGUGCAUGCCUUUAAUCCCAGUACUCAGGAGGCAGAGGCAGACAGAUUUCUGAGUUCGAGGCCAGCCUGGUCUACAAAGUGAGUUCCAGGACAGCCAGAGCUACACAGAGAAACCCUGUCUUGAAAAACCAAAAAAAAAAAAAAAAAAAAAGGACUCACACUGGGAGUAUUGUUCUAACCCAAGCACACUAUGCCAUGUCCGGUGAGGUCUGUGUACCCAUCUCCGUCCAUUUCCCACAGUUCAACAGCACGUUAUCUCUGGUUCUCUGAAGCCUGCUCUGGAGCAAUGACUUGGCUGUCUGGUCAGGGUGACAGUUGCAACCCAGUGCCUGCAAGCUCCUGCCAGGGUCCCUGACACCCUUUAACAAGCUUCAGCUUCUAUAGACUGUUGAUUGGACAUUAAGUGGUCAUUCUGUCCCAUGUGACUGUUUUGAUUGCUGAAGUCUAGUACAUGCACUUACUUAGUUUUCUGGUCUUAUUUGAUGAAUGUGCACAUAUGUGUGUGGAACAUGUAUGUUUGCAUGUUUGUAUGUAGGCACAAGUGUGCAUGGGGUGGCACACAUGCACAGGUAGGUGCAUGCACAUUCGUCCAUGUUGAGUGCCUUUCCCGCUCACGUUCAUCUUACAUGCUGAGGAACGGUCGAACGGUCUCUUGCCGAACCCAGAGUUUGCACUUGUAGUUAUUUGGGCUAGACAGCUGUUCUAGGCUUCCUCUGUCCUCAUUCCCUGUGCUGGGACUACAGGCAGGCCACCCUGACCUUCGUGCACUACAAACACCUCAUUCACUGAGCAAUCUCUGUAGCCCUGUUUAUUUCUUCUGUAAAUGACUAGUUGUAUCUUUUUCUUUCUUUCUUUUUUUGAAACAGGUUUCUCUGUGCUGUCCCGGAACUCGCUCUGUAAACCAGGCUGGCUUUGAACUCACAGAUCUGCCUACCUCUGCCUCCCUAAUGCUGGCAUUAAAGAUGUGUGCAAUGGUGCGUGCCUGCGCACAAGCAUACACGCGGAGGCCAGAUCUUCAUCACUUUCUACUUUUUUUUUAAUUAAAGGCUUACUUAUUUUA